GGGAGCGUGGCGGGCGGACUGGGUUCAGGGUUGGAGAGGCUGCUUCUGAUCUUGUCUGCCCAUACCACAGGGCCGCAUGACCUUUGAGGAUGUGGCCGUGUACUUCUCCCAGGAGGAGUGGGGGCUGCUUGGUGACGCGCAGAGGCGCCUGUAUCUGGAUGUGAUGCUGGAGAACCUGUCCCUUCUCCUGUCUCUGGGUGGUGGUUGUGGAGAAGCAGAAGUGCCCUCUCCUAGACACUCCAUAGACGGCGUGUCACUGCCCAGUACUCUGAGGUCGGAUCCAUCCUUUCUGAAGUCUCCUUCCCUUGGAGUAUUUGUCACAGCGGCGGCAGAAGCCCCUUUGCUGGACCUGUCUGAGCACCAAGGAGCAUGCGCCAUACUGGAACCGUACACUUGCCGGGUACAUGGGAAACUGCUUUCUCUGGGUUCAGACCUGCACCAGCAGCAGCAUGGUGGCGAGCACUGUGUCAGGAUGGAGAGCGGGGCCUUGCCUGUGAGGAGUUGCAAGUUCUACGUGCUGGACAAUAUUUCCACCUGUGGGGAGGUUGAGGAGGUCAGCCUGGGCCCCAUGCAACACCAGGCUGCUCACAGCAGAGAGCAUCCACGGAACUACAGGGAGAACAGUGAGGUCCCUCCCAGGCUGCAGAGGCAUCACAGGUGCAGCAAACCUGGGCAGGCCUUUGGCAUAAAGGCUAAAUUAAUUAAGCAUCAGAGAGACCACCCUGGAAAAAAUUAUGAGUGUACCGAGUGUGGGAAAUUUUUUAGACACAAUUCCAGUCUCUCUUAUCACCAAAAGGUUCACAGUAGAAAGGGGCCUUACAAGUGCAGUGAGUGUGGGAAAUCCUUCAUCUAUAAAAGAAUAUUUGUUGAGCACCAAACAAUCCACACCAGAGAAAAGCCUCAUGAAUGUAGUGAGUGUGGGAAAUCUUUUAGACACAAUUCCAGUCUCUCUCAUCACCGAAAAGUUCACGACAGAAAAAGGCCUUAUGAGUGCUCUGAGUGUGGGAAAUCCUUCAUCUAUAAAAGAAUACUUCUUGAACACCAAAGAAUCCACACUGGAGAAAAGCCUCAUGAAUGUAGUGAGUGUGGAAAAUUCUUUAGACAGAGAUCCACCCUCCGGGAACACCAGAAGCUUCACAGUGGAGAAAGGCUUUACAAGUGCAGUGAGUGCAAGAAGUCCUUCACCCACAAAGCGAGACUUGUCGAACACGAGUGCAUUCACACUGGAAAAAUGCUAUAUGAGUGUAAGGAAUGUGGCAAAUACUUCAGACAGAGGUCCACUCUUAGCGCACACAGGAAGCUUCAUGGUGGAGAAAGACCUUCCAUGAGUAAUGACCAUGAAACACCCUUCCUUACAUUCUCUGGCUACUUUGAACACCAGAGAGUUCAUAGUGGAAAAAAGCCUUGUAAGCGCAGCACAGGUGGGAAGUGCUUAAAUGAAAAGUUUCUCUCCGUUAGGCACAAGAGAGUUUGCAGUCAGGAAAAGCCUUGCAGGUGUAGUGAAUGUAAAAUAGUCUUUAAACAUAUUGUCGGCUUAUUGUACCACCAGGAAGAUCACACAGGAGGCCUGGUGGGUGCAGUCUCCCACACGUCUUUGUCUCCAAAAGAAUCUCCUUAA